ACCACCCGAUCCCGAACGGUUCCCCGGUCAAACAACCUGCACCACUACUACCAAAACCAUCACCACCACUACCAACCACCAUGUCCAACCCAACCAACUCCAGUAGCAUCCAUUACACCAGCAACAACAGCAACACCAGCAACAACAACAACAACAGCAACACCACCAAGAACCUCAACUUUGCGCUCCCGGACAACGGACAGCCGGCACCACGGCCAAAACCACGCACGACGAUCACACACGACGGUACGUCGGUACCGAACGGUCAGGUGGCGAUGUUGGCCGCACGGUUCGCCUCCGAUCAGGCCCGGUUUCAGGUAUACUAUCCGCCAGACCUGCGGCACAUGCAGAACGGUGGACAGGAAGGCCACCACCACGAUCAGGCCACCGCGCCGCAGCCCACGGAGUACGAUCUGUACAGUAACAGUGAGGUGGCCAGUGCAGCGGCCGCUAUCGCUGCCGGUGUUGUCGGUGUCGGUGCGGAGUCAUCGAUCACCACCUCAAACGGUUCGCUACCGAAUGGUUCCGGUGGUUCUGGUGCUGGUUCUGGUAGCACCUCUACCACCACCAAUGGACACGUGAUCGAGUAUCCGACCGUCGAUCGAAAGGGACCAUUCUCGUGUUGCGCCAAAUCCAAAUCGAAGGAUAAACAGCUGACGAAUGGAACCGAUUCUCCGGUCGCCGGCGCGGAAACCGACCCGAACCUGGCACUACCACCUAAACCCUGUCCCCAUGCACCGUCGGUUCCGAGUCCACCGCAGCGGCCACCGAAGAGUGCGGAACUGCAGCUCCGCCUAGCGUCUCCGGUUCGUUCACCACCGGCAUCGGUCAAUGGUGCGCGGUUGAACGGUGCCGGUGCUGGUCCGUUGGCCGGUAACUAUUACGAAAUGGAUCCUCCUUCCCUGCCGCCUCGUUUCGAGCAGUCCCCUCCGCCGCCGGUACUGUUAACCAGUUUACCCCCGAAGAAACCUCCGCUACCACCGGUUCCCCUGAAACCCUGCAUAGCUCUCCGGAGUCCCGUUCCGAUACUGAAGCACCCUCAUGUACCCGUUGGUGGCAGUACGGCCGUCGUCGUCGUUCCGGGUAUCUAUAACAGCAGCAGCAACAGCAACAGCAACAACAACCACCUGCAACACCUUCACCACAACCAAUACCACCAGCCACACCAGUCAGUAGUCCCCACGGUGCAACCACCAUCGCAACAACCUUCGCCCGCGCACCUCCACCACUACCAUCACCAUCUGCACCAUCACCAACAGGCGGUGUCCCUGUCGGCCAACUCCUCCCCGGUGCGGACGGCCGGUAUCGGUUCGCCUCACUUUCACCGCAAUCCCGCCUGUUACAGGGAGAUCGAGCGAGCGUUCAACCGGGACGAGCUGACCAGUGGCCAGACGAACGGCAGCAACGGGGGACCGGCCUCACCGAACGGAGUCCUAGCGUACCAGCAGCAGAUGCAGCAGCAGCAGCAACAAUACCAGCACCACCAGCGAUCGCACAGCGAUUGUCCACCGGUAUGCCUGAAGAACCCGCCGCCCGACAGUAAACCGGCAGCCCUUACGCUCCUCUGCGCCUCACCGCAGCUUACCGCUCGCAAAGGUUCCCUUCCGACGGCGGCCAUCGCACCAAACACCGCUACCAGUAUGCUACCGGCGACGGCAACGAUCGGUCCAACGUUUAGCAACCCGGGUUCACCGAUCCUUUCGAACCGGAACGGUCAUGUGCUGAACGUUGAUACGCUGAUGGCCAAGACGGACGUGGCGAUGGCGGGCUUGCUGGUGAAACUGGACCAGGUUGCGGCCGCCUGUUCCGCGGCUCAAACGGCUGGCGGUGGCGCCAGCAUCGAUGAGGCCAAGUUUCAGCAGGCACGCGACGAACUGACCGAUCAGUCGCUGCAUCUUGUGACCGCCUCGAAGCACCUGGUCGUCUCGAUGUCCGAUGCCAAUCUGACCCACCUGCCCGAACACCUCACCGCCUGUCUGUCUGCGUUGAGGCGCAUUACGGAGUUGGCGCAGGAUCUGACACGCUUUACCUCGGCACCGCUGCAGACGCGCAACAUUGUGCUGAAGGUGCACGAUGUGGCCUCGAGCUUCCGGGAGUUGGCGGGUGUGCGUGUUGGACCGGCCGGAGCCGGUCAGCUCGCCCUCAAUGCCGAGUGUCUGGCGAACGUGCUGGCCACGUUGUUGCGAAGUUUACGCGUCUUCUCACCCUAGACACGGGUUCCAGGUUGUUGAAUGUAGUCUAAAUUAAUGAGUCAUAUCGAAAAACGUUUUCCGUGUAUCCAUCAUAUCGUCCCUUUUGCAUAUUCAUCUGUAGCGACGGAUCAUAUCACACGCCCUUACGAAACCACUUUGCAUAUCGCAUCGCAGCUGAUAUACAGUCGUUAGUUCUGAAAUCUGAAAACGGAGAGACGGAGAAAAUGGAAUGGAAAUUAGCUUUAAUUUUGAAAGAUCCCUAGUGGAAGGCAUGACAGGGUAUGAAUCACCGAAGAGCUUCGACCGGCAUACUACGAUUCGAGUACACAAUAGCAGCACGAUAACCGAGUGGUUCGGCACAACAACCAGCAUGGCUUCCUUCAUACCUCAGUGGAAGAAAAGGAAAUCAUUUAGUGAUUUGCGAAUCAAUCCAAGUAACUCUGUAAAGGAACUAUUAGGAACCUCACCUCUUUACCAUCAAUCUGAGGCUAAGGCAGUGUAAAUAGUAACUCUGUACCAUUACCCCCGUAGUGAUCCGGUGUGGCGCAAUAGAUAUCCUUCGCAAUACUCGAUCGGUCGUCGUUUAGAUGAUACUACAUUCGUUUCUAUCGUUACUAGAGGUCGUUGGAGACGCAUAUUUAGAAGCGACGCGCAGGUAUGAGAAUUCGAAAACCCGCGAUAAGGUCUAUGCCCUAGAACGGCACACAUGCUGAGAGGUGCGUUAUCGAAGACCCUUCAAUUGUGGAAUCUGCCAAAUGCAGAACAUCUCACUAAACCCGAAUAUGACAAAUUGAACGAACGGCUCGGAAACACAAUUCUGGUAGUACACCGAACUGUGCGACACCCGGCAGUAGAAUGAGUGAGUUGAAUAGUAUGAUAAUUAUUAAUAUUUCUGAUUACGAAUAGAACAGUCGAUAUAUUGAGAACUCGAGGGCGAGCGAGCAUACGGUGAGAGAGAGGCCUACAUCGAGGGAAGGCGGCACCCCAUUUUAUGCGAGGCCAUUGUUAGUUUUAACCCAACGUUAUCUUGUUUUUUGUUUGUUUGACGCUGUCGUUUUUAAAACAGAAAAAACUAUGUUAAUUGUUACGUUUUACUACCUAUAAGCAGAGCUCCUCUGUCGCCUAGAGAACCAAGGGGGUCUUCCUAGUGUACGCAUCACCCAUCAAUCCAUGAACGCCGGAGUAGUGCAAAUAAGUUAGCCAUAUUCUACAAGCAACCCUUUUCGUCGUUGCCUAGAGAGCAAAAUCUGAACACUGCAUUGCAUUAACUUUGUGUUUGCUUCUCUGAUUUCACCAAACAUUGCGUCCGUGUUUUGUCAACUUACUUGUGUAAUUUUGAGUUUUGUUUAAUGCUGUUCGUUUCUUUUUAAUAUAGGGCCGGAUUUAGUCUACCAUAUAUUGCUUAUCGUUCUCGAUGUAUGCUUUAACUUUAUCUUUAAUACUUUCCAUGUUUCCAUUAUUCAUCAGUACACCUAGUCACAGACAACCAAACGGGCGUUGUAUCAUGUAUACAUUAUAUAGCUACAUUAAACAUUGUUCUUUUUUGUUUCAUUGCGCUCCUUUGAAAGUUUCAUUUGGCGCUUCAUAACUGGAAAAUCCUUACAACCCCCUACCAUGUACAUCGCGGGCUUGUACUGCCCGCGUUUUGUUGAUAUGCUAGUUUUAUUCCGUUGCCAUUCCAUACGUAAUCCACCGUGCAACCUUCCAGAAGUUUGCCGUAACAGCAGAAACCAAAAUCCUCUCAAACAAGCAAAGGUACAAUAAUUUUUAUCGCGGCGUGGCGACGUUCGUGGAUUGGAGCAUGUGUUUUUGAAGUGUAUAUUUCCGUGGGUCAUAAACGAGCACGGCAGCAGGACACAAGAAGGGCGCACAGUGGCGCCCUGGCCGAGGGGUAAAGAUAAAUCCUAGAAUAUUAGAAUAAAAGUAAUGUCUAAACCUACCUAAUUCUCUUAAACUACAAUUCGAUAGUUCAGCUAGAAGCUGAGCUGGUGGCUGCAAAACGCUAACGCUUCAGCAAAUACACCCAGAACUAAUAAAGUAAAAAAGAGUAGUAACACGCGUGUUUGUGUGUGGGCCGCCAGUGUCGGCGAAGGGGUGCGCGAUUUGUAAAGUAGAACUCCUUCGUAGUUAAACAUCAGGAUUCAAAGCCAGAAUCGACCAAAAAACCCGUAUGUUAUGUGCGAAGCAGGAAGGCGAGAGGAGGUAACCGAGAAAGAUACGUCUCGGCAAUGGGGCGGCGAAAAUGAUGGUAAUAAAAUCAUUAGAUAAAUAACUAAUACAAUUA